GAAAAUAAAAAAAUAACUCGCACGCGCCAAGUAUCAUCCAACAGGCCUCGCUAUUAGCCCUCCUCCUUUCCCGACUCUUCCCAACAGUAGCGACUAGCGAGCGGGCGAUUUCCAGACGACCUCCGUUCCCCUGCUGGAUCCACCGUCUUCCCUCGGCCUUCGGCGGCUUCUGUGUCGCUGGAGAGCUGGGGGAGGCGUGGAUACGGUGGAGAUUGUCUAUAUCCCCUGCCCUACUAAUAGGUUAGGUUUAGGGUUGGAUCUUCUUCCGGUGAGCGUUUCGCCUGGAGUUUUUUGUUUCCUCCAUGGCUCUUUGGAUGACGGUGCUGUCGGCGGUGAGUGGAGUCUGGUGGUGCUCGAGAGGUGUGCGGAGCAUGACGCCGGAGUUUUAUGCGGAGGAUUCGGCAUCGACGAGGUUUUUUCUGUUGCUUUCUUUUGCGUCGGUACUCGAUUUCUCCGUGCGUCUAUCUUUGCUAGCUGUGCCCGCCGCAUCGGUAGAGAUGCUGGCUUCGCUACCAAAGACAUGGUCGCUGAAGGCUGGAGGAUUGUUAUGUCCCUCCAAGGUGGAUCCGUAGUCUGCUGCUACCUUGUGAGGUUAAGUUUACCAUCUGCUCGUAUGUACGGGCUGGUGGUAUUUUGUUCCUCUUGCGGGUUUGCUGCUUGUUGACUGGAGUUGGCCGGUGAAGCGACCGGUGUCAGAUUCCGGUGUACAGGGAUUGCCCGGGACGUUCAACGGACAAAAAACACGCUUCCAGUGUGUUACUCAUGGGCUUGAAAUUUGUUUCUUCGUCGAACUAGGUAUCUGCCGUGAGCUUCAUUCUGGUUUUACUUCUUCAUUGCGGGAGGUGGAGGAGGACCGGACUGCGGCAACGACGGUCGGCAGCGGCGACGCGUAGUGGGUGCUCCGUUCAAGGACUUAUUUGUGUUUUCUCUUUUACUCAGAAGUGCCCUGUUAGGGGGCUGGAUGUAAUAGACUUGUAUCAAUAAAAUGCAACCCUUUCUCUCUCUAAAAAAACUCGCACGCGCCAUACAAAAACAUUUCUGCAGGAGAACUGCAGGCGAGCUGCGACCUGCGAGUUGCUAACUUCAUCGGCGUUGACCAAUGCAAAGGCAGCGAUCGGCGGCGCACGUCUGACGGAAGCCCUCCAGUGGCAGCUGACGACCGAUGGAGCACGCGUCGGCGUUGCUGGAGCAGGUUCUGGCGGGACUUCGUCCUGGGCAUGCUCAAGCCGGUGACCGCCACUGCCGUGGUCGCCAUGGCCGUGGCGCUCAGCUUCACCCAGAAGAACGCGCUCUGGAUCCUCCUCGCAUACCUCUUCAUGGUGACGGUCGCCGGCUACACGGCGGGGCAGCGCGCGAAGCACGUCCCCCGCGGCAGGUACAUCGCCUUCGUGUCCAUCCUGGUCGGCACGGCCGUCACCAUGCUCGUGAUCGUGGCGCUCAAGGUCUUCCCCUUCACGCCGCGGUACAUCAUCCCCGUCGCCGGCAUGCUGGCCGGCUGCGCCAUGACGGUCACUGGGGUCACCAUGAAGAAGCUCCAGGAGGACGUCAAGAUUCAGAGGAACAUGGUGGAGACCGCCCUGGCUCUGGGCGUGACGCCGCGGGAGGCGACGUUGCAGCAGGUGAGGAGGUCGCUGGGGAUCGCGCUGGCCCCCGUCAUCGACAACGCCAAGACGGUGGGGCAGAUCGCGCUGCCCGGCGCCAUGAUGGGGCUCAUCAUGGGCAGCGCGUCGCCGCUGGAGGCCAUCCAGCUGCAGAUCGUCGUGAAGAACAUGGUCAUGGCCGCCAACACCGUCAGCAGCAUCGUCUCCUCCUAUCUCUGCUGGACCUCCUUCACCAAGGCCUUCCAGCUUAAAGAGGAAGUCUUUGCUGACGAGUGACUAUGAAGCGUUGCAUAGUAAUCGUGGGCGUUUCUACAACUUCAUUGUGAGAAGGAAGGAGGAAGGAAGAAAAAAUACCGCAAGAUUGCAUUGCAGUGAUGUCCAAAAAUUGGUCCUCAUAGAAUCUCUGU